ACAUAGACUUGAUAUGCGCGGACUCAGAUGAUGACCUGAGAACGACGAACAAUACCCCAGAGAGAGAUCCGAGGGGCCGAGUUCUGAGGGACCGCUAAAAGUCUGUCAACUGCGCUCGCCACAACCGCAACAACAAAAUACAGGGCCGCAGAACAACAGAAUACUAAUGUCGGCAGCACGAACCGGACUUCUUCCUUUUGUGAGAGGAAUCGACCUCGCGCGGAAUGAUUUGCAGGAAGAUAACUUCCCUCGAACUGUGGCUGAAAUGGUGGGUCUGCGAUGGCUUCGUUUAGACAGAACGAACCUGGAUGGGUUCCCAGAUGAGAUGUCAAGACUGCAAAAGCUGGAGAGUCUCCACCUGCAAAGGAACAAUCUGAGCUCAAUUUUCGGAGCGAUCCCGACGAUGAAAAAUCUGAGAUACCUCAACUGCCAUCACAACAAACUGACAUCUGUACCGCCGGACUUGGGCUUAUUGGAAGAACUUACAGUUCUCGAUUUGAGCCACAAUGAUCUCCGUGAAGUGCCAGAGAACUUGGAGAAAGCCGUCUACUUGACCGUUCUCAACCUCUCUUAUAACCGGAUCGAGUCGAUUCCGCAGCACCUGUUUUUGAAUCUUCUCGAUCUGGUCUAUCUAGAUAUGAGCGGCAAUCAACUAGAAACACUUCCUCCACAAAUGCGGAGAUUGGUAUUCUUGGAAACGCUGCUCCUCAAUGACAGCCCGAAGCUUGGAAACUAUCAGUUGAAACAACUUCAUGCACUGACAUCAUUGAGGACCUUGCACGUCGGGAACGCUGCUCGCACAUUAACGAAUACCCCUCUGGCCUUGGACAUGACAAGCCUUCUAUCAGAUAUCGAUUUUUCAUCUAAUAACUUACCCCGCGUACCCGAUAUGCUGUACGCACUCAAAACGCUCCGCCGACUGAACCUCAGCGAUAACUGCAUAACGGAGCUCUCCCCGGAAAUCGGCGAUUCUUGGAAGUUGCUAGAGACCCUGAACGUGUCGAGAAACAAACUCGUGGCUCUCCCCAGCUCUCUCUGCAAGUGUAGUCAGCUGCGGCGUCUGUAUGUAAAUGACAAUCGCAUCGACUUCGACGGAAUUCCGUCGGGCAUCGGAAAACUGCACAACCUCCAGGUCUUCCAAGCCGCCAAUAACAACCUCGAAAUGAUUCCCGAGGGGGUCGUGAGAUGUGGUCGACUGAAGAAGCUCGUUCUUGCCAAUAAUAGAUUGAUUACGGUUCCUGAAGCCAUCCAUCUUCUCACUGAUCUCGAAGUCCUGGAUUUAUCGAACAACCCGGAUCUCAUGAUGCCGCCGAAGCCUCAACAAACAUUCAAUGGAUCCGCUGAAUACUACAACAUCGAUUUCUCUCUCCAGACACAGAUGCGCUUAGCUGGUGCUCAACUUCCCGCGCAGCUACCUCCCCUCGCCCCGACGAAGGACCCCAUCGCUCGGAAACAGCGUCUGCGCCGUCGGAGAGGCUGCGACGAAGAAACGGACGACACCGAAAAAGUUCUGAAAGGGAUGAAAGAAUUGGCGACUCGGAAAAAUGUCAAUGGAUCACAGCCAGACACCCCCAUCUCUUUGAAACCGAAAAAUUGGGAAGAUGCCCUCGAGAAACCUCCGAUCGAUUACAGCGAAUUAUUUGAAGAAGACGUGGGCCAGAUGCCGGGCGUUUUCGUCUGGGAAAUCGAUAAUUUGCUGCCUGUGCCUCUGGAUGACGACUAUAUCGGAAAGUUCUUCGAAGGCGAUUGCUAUAUUGUGAUGCUCACUUAUCUUGACGAGGCUCAGAAUCUCGCGUGGAAAAUCCACUAUUGGAUCGGCAGGGAGUGCGCUCUGGAUAAGCAAGCUUGCUCGGCGAUACAUGCCGUGAAUCUGCGCAAUUUUCUGGGGGCCCGUUGUCGGACCGUGCGCAACGAGCAAGGUGAUGAAUCAGACGAAUUCCUUGAAUUCUUCCCAGAAGGUGUCGAAUACUUGACAGGAGGACGCACACAGUCCGGUUUAUAUUCCGUCGAGGAAAUUGAAUAUGCCACGAAACUGUAUCGAAUUUCUGCGAACCAUGCCGCGGUACACGUGGAGAACGUGGAGCCUUGUGUAGAGAGUCUUGAUAGCAGUCACGUCUUCGUGCUAGAUGGCGGACUUAAAAUUUUCGUCUGGAGUGGCCGCAACUCCAAGUGCACUGUUUCGCAGAAAGGUCGACUGCUAGCAGAAAAAAUCAACAAAAUUGAGCGAAAAGAUAAUGCAGAGAUAUUUGACAUGCAUCAGGGCAAAGAACCAGUCGACUUCUGGUCCCUUCUUGGAGUCAAGCACGAAAAUGAAGAGGAGUUGAAACAUAUCGUCAUACCGAAGAAUAGAGUUCCCGCCGAUUGGAAGCCCAAGGACCCAAGACUGUAUCAGGUCCACCUGCGACCUGGUUACCUCGAACUACCUCAAGUUGAAUUGAAAGAGGGCAAACUUGUCAAAGAACUCCUAGAAACGGAAAAAGUCUACAUCCUGGAUUGUUUCACCGACGUGUAUAUAUGGUGGGGAAAAAAAUCCACAAAGCUGGUCAAAUCUGCCUCAAUGAAACUUGGACAAGAAUUGCUCGGCAUGAUGCCAAGACCUCAGCACGUGACCCUUGUGAGGACUCUCGAAGGGAACGAGCCGAUGGUCUUCAAAUCGAAGUUUGUUGGCUGGGAUGACGUGAUCGCAGUCGACUUCACUAGGACAGCCACUUCAGUUGCUCGAACCGGCGCGGACCUGAAGAAAUGGAUGACGACUCAAGAAACUAAAGUCGACCUCGCGGCACUCUUCAGUCCUCGUCAAAUACUUCCCACUGCGGAAGAGACAGAGAAGUUCAUGGAGACGAUCAACGAAGACUUGGACGUCAUGGAGUGCUUUGUGCUCGAAGGGAAGAAGUUCGUCAAACUUCCCGAGGAGGAAUUCGGUCAUUUUUAUUCUCAGGAUUGCUACGUGUUCAUGUGUAGAUAUUGGAUCCUGCCGGAGAACGCCACUGCCACCGGUUCAGACGACCAUCCUGACAGCGUGUGUGAUGAGGAUGCAGAUGAGGACUUCAAGUGCGUUGUGUACUUCUGGCAAGGAAGAGACGCCUCGAACAUGGGGUGGCUGACCUUCACAUUCUCGUUACACCGUCGCUUCGAGCAACUAUUCGGUGACAAGCUAGACGUACAGCGAACAUAUCAGCAACAAGAGACCGACAGAUUUCUGGCACACUUUCGGAAGAAUUUCGUCAUUCACACUGGAAGCCGAAAAGACAAGUCCAAGCCUCUUAAUGCGCUAUAUCACAUCAGGGCGAACGGCUCACCAAUAUUCACCCGCUGCAUUCAAAUAGAAGCCUCGGCCGAGAAUUUGAAUUCAGCAUUCUGCUACAUCCUGAGAGUUCCCUUCAACAAUGAAGACGCGGGAGUUCUCUAUGUAUGGAUGGGAAAAAAAGCCCCGCCUGAUCUCAUCGACACAGCCAAUGAAAUCGCACCCAAACUGUGCGGAAGCGCCAACUAUGGGAUCAGUCAUCUAAACGAAGGCGACGAACCCGAUAAUUUCUUCUGGGUCGCGCUCGGAGGCCGGAAGGAUUACUUCACGGACGCCAGCUUCAUGAGCCAUUUACGACUCUUCCGGUGCUCCAAUGACAAGGGCUACUUCUCGGUGACUGAAAAAUGCAUCGAUUUCUGCCAGGAUGAUCUUGCCGAUGAAGACAUUAUGAUCCUCGAUGAAGGCGAGGACGUUUUCAUAUGGGUGGGGUCGAAGUGCUCCGAAGUCGAGAUCAAACUCGCCCUCAAGAGUGCACAGGUCUACGUCCAGAGUAUGCGCGCGAAAAACCCCGAGCAGCCUCGCAAGCUGAAGCUCACAUUAAAAGGAAAGGAGAGUCGCCGUUUCAAGAAGUGUUUCCACGGAUGGGGUAAAUUCAAGCAGGUCGCCGAAUGGAGUGGUUGAGGAAUGCUCCCAGACUUGCAAUAGGUCGACAUCGGAUCAUCGGCCCAGAUUUCAAUGCCGCCGAUUGAGCCAGAAUGCUUUUGGAGUUUAGGAUACCGGAGUCGGUGCGUGUCCGCCGGG